AUGGAAUUGUGUACGUUUGUGAGCGUUGCAAAAUUCUUAGCGUUUAUCAUAAGCUGCCAUGCUGCGAAGUUGCCGAAAUACCGAGCAGUCACAUAUCCCGAAGUCUUUGAUGGGCGUGAUGAAAACACAAAGGUUCUUAAAAUAAACGAUGACAUUAUUUUAAACCUCGAGCCCACGUCAGUAUUGCACGAAGACUUUUUUGUUCGCACGUAUCACAAUGGAAUUGCGGAACAUCAUCACUAUGACGUACAAGAGCUACAGAAAAACCUGUAUCACGACAAGAAACUUGCGGCAGUAAGGCUUUCUGAAGAAGACGGGACAGUAACAGUGGAAGGUGUUGUUGGAGCUAACUUGAAGAUCAGACCUAUAACCACCGAACGCUCUGAGAAUGGUCGUUUGGCGCACCUGGUGGAAAAUAUUGAAGACAACGAGUCUUUCGAAGGCUACGGAAAGAUAACAACAGAUAAUAUUGGUAUUUCUGAGCGUGCUGCAAGAAGACAAACCGGUUUCGAUGCAACAAAGUACAACAUCUACGAAAUGUUUCCGGAAAUAUUUCUGGUUUGUGACACAAAAUUUCAGGCAGAGUUUCAGGAAGCAAUGAAUAUUACCGUUUACAUGAUGAUAUCCUUUCAAGUGCUUGUCAUGCGAUACAGCGCCCUUAGACAGCCGAAAGUGCGUCCUGUGCUACGAGGAAUCGAACUCAGUACGGUAAAACAGGAGAAACAAUAUUACGACUUCACCGACGCUGUAAGCAUCGAUGGGUACAAGUCCCUCCUAAAUAUUGUGACAUUUGUCAGCAAAAAUGAUACAUAUGGACUAUUCGAUAUGGUGUACUUUGUAACAGGAUAUGACAUGGUUGCCGCAUAUGCUGAUGGUAGAAGAUUGCGGAAUCUUCAAGGCUAUGCCUUCGUUGGAUCCGCUUGCACUGCUAACCGGCAGCAACUCGGUGAAGAUACGGCGUAUAGCUACAGGGGGAUUCGUACCAUGACACACGAGGUGGCGCAUGCGCUGGGUUGUUCGCACGACGGCACAUCAGCUCCUGGUAUUGUCAACGCGUUUACACCGGACAGCCUCCAAUGUCCAUGGGAAGAUGGCUAUAUCAUGAGUUACUACGAAGUAGACGUCAAAAGCAUGCAGUUUUCUCGUUGUUGUCGCUAUGAUAUUCAACGAAUGACAUGGGCAUACGAGGCAGGCUGUUUGCAUAUUAAUAAUACAAAAGAGUUCCCAUUGAACUGGGUAACUCAUUAUGAGUUGCCUGGGGAUUAUUUGUCCUUAAAUAAGCAAUGUGAAAUGAAGUACCCGGAAGUUCGGGGGACCUACUUCCUAGAGAAGGAAAUGUACAGAUGGUACUGUCAAGGCUACUGUUAUGUUCCGGAAGUUCAUGGUGUGUCAUCUCACGGCAAGUGGGAGCUUCUAUUCAUGGAUGGCACUACUUGUCUGGAUCAUCCCAAGCAUGUAUGA